AUGCGCUCAUUGCUCUGCUCCCCUACCCUCACUCUCACUCUCUCCCCUGCCCGCACUCAUUCCUCUGCUCUCACUCUCACUCUCUCGCUCCUCUCCUCUCUGCUCUUCGACGCCGGCGGCGACUUGCGCUGUGGAAGCUCCACCGCCGCCAUGCCUUCCUGGAAUGACGGGGAUACGAGCUCAGAGGAUGAGUGCGACAUCACAAGCAUGGACUUGGCUCUUUGGGAGACCCCUGACACCACCGCGGAGCCUCUUUUCUGUGGCCAGCUGGAGCUUUCUGAACCCACCUGCAUGAUGCACCACAUGAGGCCAAUUAAGUGUGUGGCAUUUGAAGGAAUCUUAACUGGAAGGCGUUUCUAUGGUUGUCCAGUGCGCAGCAGGAUGAACUGCAAUAUGCCUUGUAUUAAGAGUGAAGGUGUUAACUGUGGUGUUACUGAGUGGGUUGACAAGCCCUGGCAUCCAAUUCUUCAGAAUUGCUUGUCCAGGCUGUGGGACAUGUACCAUGAACAGAAUUGUGGCAGGGUAGUUGAUAAGCAGAAGUAUGAGAAGCAUUUGGCCAAGCUUAAGACUGAAAAUGACAAGCUGUGCAUUGAGUACACAAAGCUUGUCCAAGAUGUAUCCAAGAUGUUUGAUUGGCAGGAUGGUAGGGUAGGCCACAUGGAUAACCAGAAGGCAAUUGAGGAGGAAGAAUUUGAGAAGAAGAAAGAGGUAGAAGAGAGAGCUAGGUUGGAGGUUCAGAUGGAGAAGCUCAAACUUGCCAAGGAACAUAGGUGCAUUUUACAGAGUCAAGCUGACAUUAUCAAGAAUACCAGGAAGGCAAAGAAGGAGGUUGAACAGGAGAGAGAUUUUCUUAAGAUAGAGAAGGCCAAGCUUGAGCAUGUGGUGAAUGAGCUGCUGAGUGAUGGGCAUGCAAGCAAGGAGAAACUUGAGAAAAUCAAGGCCAUCCUUGAUUCAUGA